UUAACAUUACCAUUUCGUCAUUUAUUUUAUCGGCGAAUAUUUUGGAAGUUAUUGAAUUUAGUUUGUUUAAAUUUGAGAUUUGUACAGCGUCUGGCUCUGGUUACCGAAGGAUUAUCUAAUCCCGUUGUUGGAUAGUUCCUUAUAUUGUCUGUUAAAAGUUGAUUUACAUCCUUUAAAAGAUGUCUGACCGCAAAGCAGUUAUAAAAAACGCUGAUAUGUCCGAAGAGAUGCAGCAAGAUGCAGUCGAUUGUGCCACCCAAGCUUUGGAAAAAUACAAUAUUGAAAAAGACAUUGCGGCUUACAUAAAGAAAGAAUUUGACAAAAAAUACAACCCAACAUGGCAUUGUAUCGUCGGCCGUAAUUUUGGAAGUUACGUCACACAUGAAACGAGGCACUUCAUUUAUUUUUAUUUGGGCCAGGUGGCCAUAUUGCUAUUCAAGAGCGGUUAAACUCUUAAUUGACUACUGCACAUGUCCCCUUCCAAUAUGCAAAUAUUAAUUUUCAAAAAUUACCUAAUAUAAUUAUUUCACCACUUACUCAUAUAAAUAAAACAUUUUUAUGAGAAUUAGCCACUCGUUUUUUAUUUUUUAAUGAUUUUUGCCAACCAAAAUA